UUAUAAGGCACUAUGGCAGAAUACGAACUAUCUUCACUUAUAAGAGAACUCUUACCAGAGACGGAUGAGCCAGUAACACAAUAUCUCGCUGGGUAUGUCACAGACCCCUCGACCGACGCUGCAGAAGCGCUCUCAGUCUCCCGGUCGAUGCUCGAAUCUUUCGCCCCAUCACUGUCAUCCUCUGCUUCGUCCAGCCCAUCUCCAUCUCGACCUCAAACACCAACAGAACUCGAUAAGGUGCUGACCAAGAUCGCAGAGGUACUCGAUGCACGCGAGGUGGAUGAGGGAGAAGGCGAGCUCAGGACGCUCGAUAGGGUCAUGAACAUGAAGCGUUCGGCAGGGAUGAGUGCCACACUUGCCCUACAAGGAGGAGGCGUCGAUCUUGAGAGCAUCAAUAAAGGAAAAGAGAGUAGGGUGGAUAUGAAGAAACUCGAGAAGCAGGAGGCGAAGCUCAGAGCCAAGAUCGAGAAACGCUCACGGAGAGACCUGUACGAAGGCUCAAAGCUUUUGGCAACGCAAAAGAAGCAGCAAUCAUACGAGGAGAUGUUCCUCAAGGUCAACCCCAUGGACUCCAUCGGCGCGGCCAAGGGCAAGUCGAAGGACAUACACCUGGUCAAUGUCGAUGUGACCUUUGGCUCACACCGGAUCCUUACCGGUGCAUCGCUCACUCUCGCUUUUGGCCGACGAUAUGGUCUCAUCGGGCGAAACGGUGUUGGCAAGUCAACUUUGUUACGACAUAUCGCAAUGCGGGACAUUGCCAUCCCAAAACACAUCACUAUCCUCUUUGUGGAACAGGAAAUUGUUGGGGACGACACGCUGGCGUUGCAGAGUGUGCUCUCUGCUGAUGUGUGGCGCGAGCGGCUGCUAGCUGAACAGGAAGAGCUCGACAAGCGUAUCGCCAGUCUUGCAGAAGGCAGCGCAGAAAUGGAGGAAGCAGGCGCACGCUUGGCAGAAGUGCACGAGAAACUCGCAGAGAUGGAUGUGGAAGGGAGCGUUGCACGCGCUGCUGGCUUGCUUGCUGGUCUUGGGUUUACAGAGGCGGACCAGAAGAGGCCUACGAGGGAGUUCUCUGGUGGGUGGAGGAUGAGACUUGCCCUCGCCCGAGCGCUGUUCGUCAAGCCCGAUCUGCUCAUGUUGGAUGAGCCGAGUAACCAUAUUGACUUGAACGCGUUGGCUUGGUUGGAAGACUACCUGCAGACAUGGCAGGGGACGAUUCUUGUCGUCUCCCACGAUCGUGCGUUCCUCGACGCCGUCGCGACCGACAUUGUAUGGCAACACUCUGGCCGACUAGACUACUUCAAAGGCAACUUUACCCAGUUCUACGCAACCAAGACUGAGCGGGAGAAGAACCAGCGGAAAGAGUACGAGACCCAGAUGGCCUAUCGAGCGCAUCUGCAGGCGUUCAUCGAUCGUUGGCGGUACAAUGCCAACCGAGCCGCGCAGGCCCAAUCUCGUAUCAAGACUCUCGAAUCUCUGCCCGAUCUGGAAGAGCCAGAACAGGAAGAGACAGAGAUGUUCAAGUUCCCCGAUGCGGAGAAGAUCUCUCCUCCGCUGCUGCAGCUCAGCGAGGUGACCUUUGGCUACUCCCCCGACAAGCUUAUCCUCAAAGGAGUCAAUAUCGAUGUAGGAUUGGAUAGCAGGAUGGCGAUUAUCGGCUCGAACGGUGCGGGAAAAUCGACGCUCAUCAAGCUCUUGACGGGAGAGCUCAAGCCGCUGGCUGGAGAGAUGAACAGGAACGGAAGACUGAGGAUCGCCUACUUCGCCCAGCACCAUGUGGACACUCUACCCCCACAGCUUUCUCCCGUCUCUUUCCUAGCUUCUCGCUUCCCCGGCAAAUCAGAACAAGAAUAUCGUUCCCAUUUAGGGUCCUUCGGUAUCACGGGCAUCACCGGGCUCCAGACAAUCGCGACGCUCUCAGGAGGUCAGAAGUCGCGUGUCGCAUUCGCGGCACUCUCCCUCCAAAAUCCGCACAUCCUUCUACUUGAUGAGCCUACUAACCAUCUCGAUGUGGAAGGCUUGGACGCUCUCCGCCAGGCUCUAGAGAAUUGGAAUGGUGGUGUGAUUGUCAUUUCCCACGACGAGAGGUUCAUUACUGGGGUGGCGAACCAGCUGUGGGUAUGUGCCGACGGGACGGUGAUGAAAUACAAAGGGGACGUGCAGGCAUACAAAGAGCUUAUCGUCGGGAAGCUCAAGUCAGCGAAGCCUUGAGAGGGCGUCGAGGGUUUCGCUGGGUCUAGAUACAGUGGACGUCACGUGCUCAAUGUAUUUGGUACCGCUUCCCAUCACGUCGUUGUCUGUGCAUUUUGCUUGUCUGUCGCUCUAGAUCUCGC